AUGGCGCCCGUUUCCCCGGCCUCCUCCAGCUCAGACCAGGAGCAGCCCAUGCUGGCAGAUAUUGGAGCAGAGAUCAGAUGCCUGGCAAGUACCAUGGUCACAAAAGCUGACCUGCAGUCUCUUACCUCUACCCUCACAGCAUUCCUCACCUCAGCAGUGACUGCACUGAGGACCCAAAUAGAUGUGCAGGGCGGCCGGAUAAAGGCUCUGGAAGCACAGGCCCAGACCAUGCGGCACCAAACAUCAGCUGCUGACACAGCCCUAACACACCGCCAGGUGGAGGACCUGGACAACAGGAGCCGCUGCUCCAACAUCAGGGUAAGAGGGGUACCUGAGCAGGAGGGAACAGAGAAUGCGGAGGUCCUGCUGACCGGGCUGUUCCGACAGAUACUAGGGGAGAAACGCCAGUGGAGAUACACUUUGAACCGGCGCACAGGGCCCUGA